CAGUAAAUUUCAAACCUAAUCUAAUAAAUAAAUAAAACCAUGAACAUGCAUUCUUCGACUAUUAUUCUGGUAAAGUUUGUAAACUUAGCAUCCCUUUAUAAACACAAACAAUAGAUUUCCAUUCAUACGUUUUAUAGUCGAUCAGUAGUACUCCUGGCAUCACGAAUACAGCGUUGAUGAAAAUUAAAAAAAAAGUAUUUUCAAUAUACUAUGUACAAAUAUCAAGUGAAAGAAAUGACAUUCGUGAACACCUUCAGAAAAAUCGUUUGGAAAUUUAUUUUAUUUUCAACGUUAGUGAUAUGCCUGCUGAUAAUAUCUCUACUACCACAGUUUCUUAAAGCGAAAAGUUUUUCAAGCAUCACAAACUCAAGGUACCCAACAGACUUGAAAUAUAUAUUUAUUUGGAAGCCAACGCAACAACCGAAUCGGUAUGGCGGUAUGAAAGUAUUGAAAUACGAAGCAGGACAAAAAAUAUUCAUCAAACAGAAGUGCGAGUACAUUAAUUGCUACAUAACUUACAACAAGAGCCUUCUAAGAGGCACUGAACACUUUGAUGCUGUUGUUUUUGAAGGAGAAACCUUGUUAAAUGUACACAGAAAAAACAUUAACCUCACGCGUGUACCAUCACAGAAAUACAUUUUUAGAACUUUGGAAUCUGCCGGGAAGGCACCAAUCUGCAAUGAUGAUUUUGACGAUUUCUUUAAUUUUACAUGGACUCACAGAUUAGAUUCAGAUAUCGUAAAUCCCUACUUUGAUAUAUACAGCGAAAACAAUACUAAAGUCGGUCCGACUAAAGAAAUACAAUGGAUAAAAAAAAUGAAACACGACAAUAAACUGACGAAGAGAUUUAAAUCAAAAGAUAGAGCUGUAGCGUGGAUUUUAACAAAUUGUAAAAACAAAAAUAGACAUCAAGACUUCGUUAAAGAGCUCAGAAAUGAACUUAAAGGUUAUAAUUACAGUUUAGACACAUAUGGUCCUUGCAGUAACAAUAAAUGUCCCCAAGGCAAAACAUUAAAAUGCUACAAAAUGAUAGAAAAGCGUUAUUUCUUCUUACUAGUUUUGGAAGAAAUGUUCGAAGAAGAUUACAUUACUGAUGAAGUUGUUAGAGCAAUGAAUCAUUUUACUAUACCAGUAGUACUGGGAGGCGCUGAUUAUAAUAGAUUUUUACCACCCGGUUCUUACAUCAAUGCCUUGACUUUCGACAUGAAGAAACUAGGAGCGAUCAUAGACUAUCUUAUCAAAAAUCGGAACAUGUACGAGUAUUUCUUCGAUUGGAAAAAUCAUUAUCACUACACACGUAGAUCUAGGACUAAUGUCUGUGAUUUGUGUGCCAAACUGAACAGUAACUCAAGUAAUAAUUCUUAUAAAAACUUCAGAAAAUGGUGGAAUCCUGACUAUAGGGAUUCAUGUCAACGGAUGAGUUUGUUAAGUUUAUUUGAAAAAUAUGUAUGAUUUUUUUUUAAAUAACAAUAUACAGUCUGCCUCAAAUAGCAAAGUCCGUCUGAGUGUCGGGUAGUUUGAUUCCACACGAAACAUUAAAUCAAAUAUCAUGUAUUAGAAUGUUGAGAAAAAAACCAAAACAGAAUAAUUGAUGAGAAAAUGGUAAUUGUCAUUAAUAAGUUGUAACUGCUGUAGAUGGUUCUGUUACUGAGUGGUUACAGGAGCCUACAGAUACCUUGAAACACGAAGAGAAAGCCUCAAAUUUUUAACGCCUCUCCCACCCAGAAUGUAUUUCCAAUUAUUAGUGAACUGUUAAACCUAUUAAACAAAAAAAAAUGGACUAAAAGCAACUGUCAAUACAAUUUGAAAAAUAUCGACAAUAUACAAUUUGAUAAAAAUCGACAAGCUUACUUUUUUUAUUAAGUUUUCUCUUCGUUACGACGUUUAUUCAAUUUACUUUAUUUCAAAACAUUUCUUCCCAAUUCGUACCCCACUUCUCUGUCUAUGGAAGAAACCUUUCCUUCCCCAUUGCAAUUUAAAAGCCAAUAUAAUGGAUAAUUAAAACUUAUAUCUGCUCUCUAUAACCGCUACAAUAUUUAGUUGACAUUAAAUGGGCAUUACGGGCCUAUCUGUUAUUCUUUGCUCCAAGAACAAUUCUCAUUCUCGAACGUUCACGUUAAAAGAAACAUGACACUAAGGCUGACACAAACAACUUAAUGUGUUAAGCUCUUUUAUAAAUUCUAUGCUCUGUGAGCACUAUAGUUUUUUGAAAUAUUAAAUAUAAUAUAAUACUC